AUGGCUGACUACGCUCUCCAGAGGGUUUCUGAACUCAUCAAAGAUGAACCUAGCAUUGAUAGAAUACGUGAGCUUGUGAAUCAAAUAACCAAGGAGAAGUCCACGAUUGACUACCAACUGAAUAAAGAUUCAAAGAAAAGCUUGAAUGAUGUCACUUCAAGUUUAGAUAGGAUGCACCUCGCUCGCAAAAACGUGCGUAUGUUGAAGGAUAGAUUAAGAGAAGUAAGCACUCUCAGUCAGGAAAACCAGUCAUCCAUCGAGCGUUAUGAGGUAAUAAACGAAGCCACCGCAAUACAUGAAUUGAUCGAGAAGACUACAUCAAUGUACAACAAAAUCAUUGGGUUCAAUGAUCUUCUAACGCGUUUAAGUGAAAUGAUGGACAAUGAGCUCGCACAAGAUGCAUUACAGAGUGGCAUACCAAAUCUACUUCAAAUCCACUACCUGUUAACUAUGGCGCGAGACUUCCAUGAUCAAUCACUUAUCCUGGCUCAGACCUCUACUGAAGAUGUCCAGAGAACAAUGCAACGUGUUUUUCAGCGACUCCCCGAAUUGAUCCAAAAGUUCGACAGGCUUUUAGAGUCGCUGAUCUUUGACAUUGUAGAAGCAGUCAGAACGGAAAACCAAUCGCUCCUUAUCCGUCUCUUCAAAAUCAUUGAUUUGGAAGACAGGGAAGACAUUAAAAUCGAAGCCACUCGCAGGAUCAUCGAGUCUAAGGAGAGGGAACAAGAUGCUAGAAAAAUCAGAAAAUUACCAAGCACAUAUGGAAUUACUGGAAGUCGUGAUGAGGCCCCUGUUACUCAGUACCCAAGUCCGGCCGCUCUCGCCCAGGAAAUUACGAAUGGAACAAUUCAAACUCGGCUGCAACCCCGCGGUUAUAAAAAGUUUCUUUUCGACAAAAUAAAAAGCUCCAUCCAGGACGUAUUUCAGGAAGUAAGGAGAGAAUACAGCGGGGAGAAAAGAUUCGAAGUACUGAACAACCUGGACUGGGUCUUCAAUGAACUGCUGGUGGUGAAGGACCAUGUAUCAAACCUGUGCCCGGCGCACUGGCAACUGUUCGACAAAUUUUAUGAGCUUUACUACCAUGAGCUAAACAAACUUAUUACCGAGCUGGUCAAUGCUGAGCCAGAGACACUGAUCAUUUUAGACAUCCUAGACUUCGACAAAACCUUUCAAAGUACACUAAGAAAGGACUUUGGGUUCUCAAAGGAUCAAGCCAAAAGUGUUAUUGGUGAAAAAGAGAAAGAAACAUUACUAAGCGACUACUUGAAUUUGAUCGUGACCAAGUCAAACGAGUGGUUCGGGAACCUCGAAAGUGCAGAAAUGAAGAUCUUUGUCGAAAGGACAACUCCUCCUCACACAGACUCCGAAGGUCUUUUAUUCCUGGAUGGCACAAAAACUUGUUUCCAGAUGUUUUCACAGCAAGUGGAAGUCGCUGCUGGUUCCGGGCAAGCCAAAAUCCUUGUAGGUGUUGUUGAUAAAUUAUGCGAGCUAUUAGCUGCAAGACAAAAGAAUUGGAUGGACAUUAUUUCAGUGGAAGUCAAAAAAAGUGUAGAAUACAAUCAUAAAGUUGAAGAGGAUCCUGAAAGUGUCACACCAGAAGAGGAAAGUUCUGGCGGUUUAGUGGAAUACUUGAUCGCGGUGGCCAACGAUCAGAUGAAGGCUGCCGACUACGCAGUUGCCAUCUCUCAGAAGUAUGGUUCCAUAGUGUCAAAGGUUCACGAAAAAUCUAUCACAAACAAUAUCGAACGUACCCUGGAUGGCUUUGCUGAGGUUGCAAAGUGCAGUAGCACGGGGUUGAUUAAACUAAUGUUUGACGAUCUGAGAAAGCCUUAUACCCAGGUUUUCGGGAAAAAUUGGUACACUGGGAACCAAGCGCAGCAGAUUGCAGAUACAUUGUAUGAGUACUUGGGAGACAUACGAGCCCAGAUGAACCCUUUCGUUUAUUCUACAUUAGCUGAGAGCGUGAUUGAAGAGACAAUUCUGAAAUUUGUGGAAUGUCUCAAGUACGAACAUUCCUUCAAAAGCAAGCAUAACAAGUUUUUAGAAUGCAUGAAACGAGACUUCGAAGUGUUCUAUAAACUGUUUGUCCAGUUCGUGCCUGAGGAAGAGAGAGAGAUUAUUGACGACAAGUUUAAACUCAUGGAGUUUUUCAUGGACUUUAGCUGUGGACCGGUUAACGGCAUUAUCGAGGUAUGGACGCAGUGUCUCGAAAUGUACUGGGACUGCCCCGCUUCCUUUCUGUCUGCCAUCCUGAAAUGCAGAAAGGACGUGGAUUCUUCGACAUUGAAAAGUACAGUUGCCACGGCACAGAGGAUAGCUUCUAGCCCCCAAAGAGCUAACCAGUUAAGGGCUGUGGACCUGCAACCUACUUUCAUCAGCCGUUUCAAAAUCGCAUAA